AUGUACAUAGCACGACGCACACCCCCCGCCUUUCUCAUAAUCCUACUCUGUCUCUUUCCAGCCGUCGGCGCACACCAUUUCGACCAAUGUCUCACGACAAUCCGGCAGCUCCCUGACGGAACGAAUGGUCUGGUCGAUAAUCGAGGAAAUCCCGUCAACGUCAGCCACAACGCCACGGCUAUCACUUACGCACUCUGCAACGCGACCUGCGGACUCGGCUCUUCGCCAUUCAAUUGGUCGGUAUUCUCGCAACAAUUCAGCGCUUGGCUUCUACCGUGGCUUGCCCUGCUCUCCCAGCUCCCUUUCGGCACGAUAUAUCGGUUCGACAACGUCAUGUCGAUGGUCCUCACUGUCGGCUCGCCCGUUCUCGCCGCGUACUCGCUGGCCCUCACUGUCCUCAAUACGCAAUGGAUAGCGAGACGGUUCUCAGAGUUCAAGUAUCCUAAUGUGCGACACGCGGUCAGGGUGCUGAGUAGUCUGCAGCAGAUGCCGUUGGAGAUCUCGACGGAGCACGGGAUGUUGGCGAGUAUAGUGGCGUUGCAGAAGAAUGACGCAUGGUGGAAGGAGCUGGCGGAAGGCCUGGACUACAUCCAUACCUGGAGUAUAUCUGCGGCGUCGUCUAUUGCAUGGGUUGUGAUUGCAUAUCUGUUCACGGUGAUUGACUCUUUCACGGAUAUCUCGGAGAAUUUUCAGUUGAACGGUCAAGGCGUCGGGUCCGUCUGGCUAUGGUUACUUCCCAUUGUCAUUGGAUGGCUCCAGGUUUCGCCAAAGUGCGACUUCGAUCGUGUCUUCCAAGCUCUGAACAAAGUCAACAAGAAAGCCUUCGUAGCCACCUCUAAACCAUCCACUCCAGCCCUUGUUUCUCAUAAAACAAGCCGUCCUGCCUUUCAGAUUCUGCCUUAUCGUCCCGGCUCUGUCUACCGCGACGAGGAGUCGUCCGCUCCAAUAUACAACUACGCUCGCUUCUUCUCUUGGGCAUGUGCUGUAGACCAGGUCACGGAAGCAUUUGCUGCAGCAUCGGAGAAUAUUCUGUCCAAUAUACCGGUCGAUCGGGACAAUGAUUGGGCCGUUGCCGAAUCUGGAAAGGUGGAUGCGAGAAAUAGGCAGGGAACUCUCGAUGAUGUUCAGAGAUACUGUGGCAAUCCCGGACACUUCGACAGGGAGGAUGACCAAGAGGUCAGUCGAUGGGGAUCAGAGGUCUGGACGAGAGUUUUUGUGGCUUCAGGACUUGCGCUUUUCCUGCAGUGGGGGACCACUGGGGGUGCCGUCGUCGCUCAAUGGUUCACGCCUACGGUGGGCCUCGGCUGCCGCAGUGGGUCUUACAUUCUCUAUGCCAUCGUUUCCACCGUCGUAUGGAUCGCCAUGCUCUUGUCGUCUAUCCUCGCGCACUACGCCCACUCUUCGUACCUUCGCCCCUCCCGCCAUCUACACUAUCAUCAAGUAGCAGACCACACCGCUGCACGCGUCUCUGUUGCGCUCCGCCGACUCGGCAAGACGCUCGCAACGCUCAACGCAAUAUGGAUUGUCAUGGUAUGCAUGUUCCAAUUCAGCAGUUUCUUCGAUAGGUGCUGGUGCGACAGUGAUGUGCUGGGGCUGGGGAAGAGGGCAUACGCUGUCUUGGAGGUGACGGAGGCGGAUAUUGGUCCGUUGAGGACGGCUUGGAUUGGUGCGAUUGCGCUUGCACUUGGUAGUGCAUUCGUCUUCGUUGGCGCUCUGAGCCUUGUCAUGGAUCCCCCGCUUCCGGACUGA